UCACCUGAUUCGCCAAGUCACUCUUUAAUUUAUUUAUUUUUUUAAACUAAUAAAUAUUUUUUAUUGUUGUUUUGAAUUGAAUCUACUAGCCGCUACUCCGAAGUUCAAAAUUCUGAAACCAAAAACCCUCUCCCUCCCUCCUUCCUUCUCCACUCUUCACAUCAAUUUCACGCCGAUUACCCUCCAUGAUUUCCGAUUCCGACGCUUCUCUCAGAAAGAGGGACGUCCUAGACCGACGCCUCAGUAUCAUCGACUUUUUGUCAGCUGAUGAUUCGCUUCUCGAUCCCAUUUCUUCCAAUCACCAACAUUCAGAAAAUGAAACGUGGUACACUCCGAAUUCAAAAAAAUUUGAAGACGCUUCUACGAAAAUUGAACAGUGGGAGCAUGAACCUCAAACUUCAGAAAAAAAGACGAACAAAAACAAGUGCAAUUUGCGGAAGAGUUUAGCUUGGGACAGUGCUUUUUUCACUAGUGCUGGGGUUUUGGAUGCUGAGGAGCUGUCUAGUAUAAUUGAAGGUGUUGAAAAGGAAGCAUUGCCAAGAAUUGAAGAGGAUGUGUACAGGUCGUGUGAGUCCAUUUCGACGUUAGAGAGCGAUAGUUUGACCGUCGAAAGUGUUGACUUGGAGGGUGAUUUGUUUGAGGACGUUAGAGCUUCAAUUCAGAAAUCUAGCAAUAAGUCCAAACUUGCAAGUGCAUCAACUAGAGUGUCCUCUACCUCGGGGCUACAAAAUCGUGACUCUUCCGGAAAGGUUGGCUUAGUUUCUGGCUUAGUUUCUCGCAACAAGGUGAAGGCCCCACCUACUCCUAGGAACCCAACGGCUGCUGUGAGAGGAAUUGUGAAGACAACAAACAAGAGCAAUCCUACUUUUACACCAUUUCCACAGCAUACCCCAACAAGGAGGGAGUCGUCUAUUUCAAAGCCAUCGAAGGUACCAGCAAAGCCUAGUGCAAGUUCCACAAUUUCAGCCAAGAGAGCAUUGAUCAGUGAUCUUCAUGUCAAAAGCGAAAAGGACAAGGCAAAACACAUAAUUGGUGAUAGAGUCAGUUCAAUGUCAAAAGCAUCUGUUAUUGGAGGUUCUCGGGGUACAGAGCCUAAGCCCCCAGUGUUAUCCAAAUUAACUUCUGGCCAGUCAGUAUCAACCAAGACAAAAUCAGCCACUUCCACAUCUUCUGGUAGCAAUUCAUCCAAUAAUAUUGGUAAAUCUCCAUUUAAUUCCUCAAGAAGAAAAGUUAUUGCUGGAAUUUCAAAGCUACCCUCGUCUCGCCCACCACCGGUCAGAACACCAUCAGGAAUUGCUUCAAGAAAUAAAACUGAAUCUGGGUAUUCUAGUCUCUCAGGCUUGUUGUCGGCCAACAAGCUUUCUUCUAGUGUUUCACCUGCUAGCUCUGUUAGUGACUGGUCUUCAGAGUCAUCUGUAUCAACUUCUAUGCUUAAAUACAUGUGUGAUAGUUCAAGGUCCAGCAUUGAUAGUUGCUCUAGCAGAAAGGUUUUAUUGGACACUAAUGCAGAUCAAGGUAUAAAUUAUCAGAUUCCUCAGAGUGAUUUGAGCUUAGAAGGGCAGGAGGGUCAGCACACAGGGUUUGUCAUUCAAAGUGUUAGGACCACUUCUGUGGCAGCAAUUACUCCCGCAGCUCCAGCAAAACCUUCGGGCCUUCGACUGCCUUCACCAAAGAUUGGUUUUUUUGAUGGGGCGAAAUCCUCAGUGCGCACUCCACGUGGAGGAGUCCAACCACAAUCUGUCGUGCCUCAUGGCUUGCUAAAACAUAGAGCUGGAAGUCCAAGUGAAGGCCAAAACAAAGCAAAGCUUGGAAAGCUGCAAGCAGUGAGAUCUAUCAAGUCAAUUGAAAACAAAACACCAGAUAACCAGCAAAACCCACAUCCAAAUCCUUUUGAUGAAUCAUUAGAUGUUGCAACUAAGACAUCUAGUGCAGAGCAGAAUGUCAAAAGCUCUUCUGAGAUGCCCAUGGGUGCUGUCGAAAAUGUUACAUAUACAUCACUUUCCCAUGGAAUGGAGAAAACUAAUUAUGAUUUGCAUCCACUUACCUGUGUCGAGUACCAGGAAAAUGUGUAUCAUGAUAAUCAAGUUAAUUGUUUGAGCAAACAAGUUGAACUUGUAGACAUAAAUUCCAAGCCACGGGAAAAGAUCAGGGGCGGUUCUCUUCCUAUCUGUGAGACUGAUGUCUGCUUCCAUGAUGAAUCCAAUGGUCUGGAGUUAUCAAAUCACAAUGAGCUUUUUGAUUAUCCUAAAAACCUGGAAUUAUUGAAGGGUUCGUCUACUCCACAUCUAUGUGGCAUCCCAACCAGCAUUGAUAUGGCAACUUCAGUUAGAAGACCUUUUGCAGAAAAGAAUUCAUUUUGCAACAUGGAUUGCAGUGUUUUUACAGAACCAGCAGUUUUGGAGGUAAAACCAAUCAACUUACAUGUGCCCGAAAGCAUUAAGACAGAAAACAACUGAGAUUAUAUGAUCAAGUUGAACUACUUAUAUUUUAGUUUGCUGCUUUGUGCUAAAAGUGAAGCUGAGGAAGUCCUAAUCUUGAUGUGUCUUCAGAUUACGAAUACAAAGUCUUGUAGUACUUGUUCUAAUGUUUGGUAGUAUUUGACGGGUAUCUCAUUUGACAUGAAUCCUUUUUGGAUUUGGAUAUUUUGAACGGAAAGAAAUGAACGUGGUGUCAAGUAUCUUAUUUCAUUUUCUUACCAUUUGAGAAUUCAUAUGCAUGAUAUAGUAUGUUCUUUAGCAUUUUGUUUAAUCAUUGUUAUGCAGCUUAUUUAAAUGGGUGGCAUCAGACAAAUGCGUUCUAAACCAAA